UCCCUUGGAUUAUCAAGCCUGUUUGGGGUCUUCUCACAGAUGUUCUUCCGAUAAUGGGGUAUCGGAGAAGGCCUUAUUUCGUUUUAUCCGGUUUGCUUGGUGUUGUUCCAAUGCUUUUCAUAUCAUUGAAAAGCAAGAUGCAACUGGUAUUUGCCAUCCUGACACUAACAGCAGGAAAUGUGGCGGUAGCCGUAGCGGAUGUAACCGUUGAUCCAUGCUUGGCACAGAACAGCAUUACUUGUCCUUCUCGUGCAGCCGACAUGCAAAGCUUGUGCGCUUUGAGAUACUCUUUUGGAGGAUUCGUGUGAAGCUUGGUUAUGGUGUCAGCUGCAGUGAUUAAGGUGAUGUCCACGUACCAGGCUUUGGAGACGAGGGCUACGGUAGCUCGAACGAGAGCUAUGGGGCUUGUGGAAGCUUCCGGGGAGGUUAUCAGGUUGUAAGGAU